GGAAAAAGGAAGAAGAAAAAAGCUCCUGUUUCUGUUACGUGCUGCAGGGUUCGGUCCCAAAUCGAGUAACCAAACGAUCCCCGUGCCAACGUUCCUAAUCACUCGGCUUGGCUGAUCUAAUCUGAUCCAUCACCCACCACCCCGAUUCCAGACUUGUCCCUGCUUGUAUGAGUGCCAACAAGAGUUUUUGCCCGCCCACGGAUAUCCGAGCCCUGACAACAUGUCAGGCCAGGCUUCCCCGGAUGCCUUAGUUGAUGGUGAGCAUGUCUUUCACCCUUCUGAAUCCACCGGACUUUCGCUAAUUGUCUUUUUUUCCUUCUUUUCUUCUGCCCGUAGCACAAAAAUCUCUCGAGUACUGGAACGGUGUCGACGCGACACCGAAUGGUAACGCUCUGAUUCCACCAUCGAUUGCCCUCAUGGCUGCUGUGUUUCUGACCUUUUUGCUACCGUAGGGAUGCUCGGGGGCUACGCAUCCGUUUCUCGCGUCGAUCUCGUCGGUUCCCGUACCUUUAUCGCAAAGCUCAAACUCCCUGAUACCCCCGCUACGUCAGCAGGACCGAGGGUUGCCGAUUGCGGCGCCGGCAUCGGGCGCGUUACGAAGGGAUUUCUGUCCAAGUUGAAUGGUGGCAGGGUCUGCGUGGAUAUUGUCGAGCCGGUUGAGAAGUUUACGGAUCAGGCAAGGGACAACUUGAAUGAGGAGAUCGACAAUGGGCGGGUUGGCGAGAUUUACAAUGUCGGACUUGAGGAUUGGGUUCCGGAAGCAGGGGUAUACUGGGUAAUUUGGAAGUGAGUUUGGCUGCCCGGCUCUGUGAUAUGAUAACAAGCUUGCGGAAGGGUCUAGAAGUAUCGGAAUUGUUAACUUCCCUCAGCCAAUGGUGUUUAGGGCAUCUGCAGGACCAGCAGCUAGUUGACUAUCUGGAGCGCUGUAAGGCUGGCAUAGUUCCUGGUGGGGUCAUUGUCGUCAAAGAGAACGUAGCCCCAGAUCCUGAUGAUAUCUACGAUGAGGUGGACAGUAGCGUCAUGAGGUAAGAUACUUUAUGAGUUCCCUUUUUCUUUUUCUUGGCGCCUUCACCGAGCUGGGCUGACGGGGCUGGCAGGACCGAUCCUAAGUUGCGUACGUUGUUCGGGCGGGCUGGCCUAAGGAUGGUGCGGACCGAAGUACAGAGGGGCUUGCCUAAGAAACUCUAUCAGGUUCGUAGUUACGCACUGAAGCCUUCUUGAGGCCAAUUCUUAGAAUAUCCUGUGUGUCUCUAUCUAUCGUGGCAGAGGUGCUGGAUUAGCAAACCGGACUUGCUAGAUGAAAUAAAACUGUUCUUAUGGUGAAAAAGAUGUGUUGAGACUACCUUGGCCAAAGGAAUCGCUCUGGGAUGGGGGCGGAGUCAUGCUGUACACUGGUGGGUGGAUAAGUGGGGGAAUGGAGGAGCUGGUCUGUUGGCGGGAGUGCGACCGAGGGUGGGUACGGUAAAAUUUUGGAAAGAUUGGACAGGCUACAAAAUAUCUAUUUUUUGGUUGAUUCCGUAGUCUGUCGGCAGUGUUUUUAUACAGUAACAUAGAGAGGAUACAUGAUUUGAUUAACCGCCA